AUGUGUGUGUGUAUAUCUAAGCUAUAUGUAUAUUUACAAAAGUAUACAUGCAUAUACAUAAGUUAGAUACAUAUGUUAUACCAUUUGUUGGCUAUUUGGGUAAACAAUUUUAGCAACCUUAAUAUUAUGGUUGAUUAAUCGAUUGAUUAAUUUAAUUAUUUUCAGUCACUGCAGUCACCAUGAUGCUGGGUAUACCAAGGCAGAAAAAACGAAAAAGACCUCAACAGGAUGCUGAGCAUCACAUUACUUGCAAAACAGACAAGCCUGAGCUUUAUGAGCAAGUUAUCAGCAAAUAUAAAGGACGUGGAGUUUUCACCACUGAAGCAUUUUUUAGAGGUGAUUUUGUCCUUGAAUACAGAGGUGAACUUCUGACUUCAGAGGAGAGCCUUGAUCGAUCUAAACUCUACAAUGACGUUGAGAACACAUUCUUGUUUGAUUUUCAGUGGCAUGGCAAAAAUUGGUGCAUGGAUGCAUCCAAGGAAGAUGGGUCCUUGGGAAGACUUGUAAAUGAUGAGCACAGAAAUCCUACAUGCAAAAUAAGAACUGUUGAAGUGAACAAAAAACCUCAUCUGUGUCUUUUUGCUGUACGAGAUAUUCAACCAGGAGAAGAAAUCACUUACAGUUAUGGAGAUUCAGAUUGGCCUUGGCGAGCUAAGGUAUCAUCAACAGAAUCCAGUGAUAAAAGCCCAGUCAGCAGUUUGGAUUUGCAGAAAUUGUUCCAUCAGGCUCCUCCUGUUUCCUCAUCUGCCUUGUAUAAGGUGUACAUCAAUGAACCACAUAAGCAAGUUGAGCCACAACAGUCAGGCAAAGCAAGUACAUCAGAGAAUAAAAUGAAACUCAAAGAUUGCCAUGAGCGCUUUAACAGAGCACAAAUUAAAACGAAAAAGACUGCCAUAGAGCAAUCACAAGAAUAUUUCAUGCCCUCAUCACCUGUGAAGACCACAUCAUGGUCCUCUUCUAAUGUGCAGCCUUCAUCACCUGUGAUGACCACAUCAUCUUCCUCUGCCCUUGUGCAGCCCUCAUCACCUGUGAUGACCACAUCAUGGUCCUCUUCUAAUGUGCAGCCUUCAUCACCUGUGAUGACCACAUCAUCUUCCUCUGUCCUUGUGCAGCCCUCAUCACCUGUGAUGACCACAUCAUGGUCCUCUUCUAAUGUGCAGCCUUCAUCACCUGUGAUGACCACAUCAUCUUCCUCUGCACUUGUGCAGCCCUCAUCACCUGUGAAGACCACAUCAUGGUCCUCUUCUCAUGUGCAGCCCUCAUCACCUGUGAAGACCACAUCAUCUUCCUCUGCACUUGUGCAGCCCUCAUCAUCUGUGAUGACCACAUCAUCGUCUUCUUCUCCUGUGCAGCCCUCAUCACCUGUGAAGACCACAUCAUCGUCCUCUUCUCCUGUGCAGCCCUCAUCACCUGUGAAGACCACAUCAUCGUCCUCUUCUCCUGUGCAUCCCUCUACACCCUUGCCCUGUGCUGCUUCCACCCCUGUGAUUUCCUCAUCACAGGUGUCUGAGACACUAUCUUUAAUGGAGUAUUCUGGGAGUGCCUACAGUGAUUCAGAUGUUACGGACUACAGUGAUGUUGACUACAUACCCCAGAUCAGCUCAGAUGAAUCAGAUGGAAGUGCUUCUGGACAAAGCAAGGCUGAAAGAAGUUCAGAUGGAUCAAACAAUAAGUCUGAAUGUAGUGAUCCUAGACCCAACAAACGUUUAAGACAUACUAAAUCAACCCUUUCAAAAAGGAAAGCUGAAGAGGCAGGUAGUUCAUCUGCCAAAUGUAUGACAGCAGUGUCAUCAAAAAGGAUGAAAUGCCAAACUGAAGAGACCAAAACCUCAUCUGACAAAAAGACUUUGGUUCAGUCAAUGCCAUCACCACAAAAAAAGAGCAGGUCAUAUAACAAAAAACAGUAUUGCCUUUAUUGCUCUAAGCCAUAUGCAAAAAUGGCAAGACACCUUGAGUUUGUACAUCGCAAUGAAGUAGAGGUUGCAAAGGCUGUAGCUUUCCCAAAACGUUCCAAAGAACGAAGAGUCCAGUUAAACCUUCUUAGAAAAAGGGGCAACUUUGCCCACAACACAGAUGUGGUGAGAAAAGGGGAAGGUGAGAUGAUUGCCUGCUACCGUCCAAAAAAGUGCAAAAACCCCAAAGAAUUUAUCCACUGUAUUCACUGUCAAGGCCUUUACAACAAGCUCAGCCUAUGGAAACACAUUAAAAACUGUCCACUUAAACCGAAGGAUGAUGAUGCUCAGGGCAGAAAAAGAGUAAGAUCUCUUUGUGCCCUAAAAACACCUGUUGGCUUAGAGGUGAGUAAAGGUUUCAAGAAAGUACUUUCCCUGAUGAACUAUGACGAAGUUUCAAGGGUGAUUCAUAGUGACAGAUGCAUCAUGCAACUGGGAGAGCACAUGUUUAACAGGAUGGGAUCUGAUGUGACCAAACAUGACUACAUCCGACAGAAAAUGAGAGAAGUUGGCAGACUUCUUCUUGAAGCAAGAAGGAUAACCCCACUGAAAACAAUGGAGGACUUCAUGAUACCAGCAAACUUCAAACAUGUCAUAUCAGCUGUGAAAGUUGUGUCUGGCUUUGACGAAGAGAAGAACUCUUACCGCAUUCCCUCUUUAGCCCUCAAACUUGGACAUUCUUUAAAAAAGAUCUGUAGCAUUGUUGAAAGUAAUGCGAUGAUGUAUGGAGACCAUGAGCGUGCUGAGUGUGCUCGAGACUUCAGAAAAGUACACCAAGCAAGGUGGAAUGAAUACAUUUCUGCUGGUGCUAUAACUACAUUGAAGGAAGCCAAGUGGAAUGCACCACAGAUCAUUCCUUUCACUCAGGAUGUCAAAGUCCUGCACGCACAUCUAGAAAAGAAACGGGAUAAAUUCCUUAAUAAACUUAAAAACUGCCCGUCUGCAGACAGCUAUGCUGCUUUGGCCAAAGUCACACUCUCCCAAGUUAUCCUGUUCAAUAGACGAAGAGAAGGUGAGGUGUCACGGAUGCUUUUGUCAGCUUUUCAAAGCCGGGAUUCUUCUGAGCUGCAUGAAGACAUAGCCAUCUGUCUUUCUGAGUUCGAGAGGAAGCUGUGUAAACACUUUACCAGAGUAGAGAUCCGUGGUAAGCGAGGGAGAAAGGUCCCUGUCCUCCUCAAACCUUCAUUGGUUUCUGCCAUGGAGCUGCUUGUUGAAACACGUGAGGUUUGUGGUGUCCCAAAUGAGAAUCCUUUUAUGUUUGCCAGAUCUGGUGCAAUGUCUGCCUACAGAGGAGGAGAGUGCAUAAGUAAAGCUGCUCGUGAAUGUGGCAUUAAGAAUCCUGAAGCUCUUUCCUCAACCAGGCUCAGGAAACACAUAGCUACCAUGUCAAAGAUUCUCAACCUUGAUGAAAAUGAAGCAGAUCAACUGGCUGAUUUUCUCGGUCACGAUAUAAGGAUCCACAGACAGUAUUACCGGUUACCAGAGGGGACAUUGCAGCUGGCAAAAAUGAGUAAGGUCUUAAUGGCAAUGGAGAAAGGAACGCUGUCCAGCUUUAAAGGAAAGAGACUUGAUGACAUUGAAAUCGACCCAAAUGAGCAACUUGAGGCCGAAGGUGAUACAAUGUCAAGUGAUGAAGAGGAUUGUAGUGACCUACCUCAGACAACAUCACCAGUACCAGCAGAGACUGAUCAACCAUCUGCUUCACAGAAAGAUCAAGGUAAAAAAAUCUUUAAACUACACAAACAGCAAGAAAUGGCAAACCCUGAAUUACUAAAUACAAUACCUAUAGGCAACAGUAGCAAGACAGGAGCUUUUCAAAAUUUGAGUUUGUUGUACAGUCAGUUUGAAGAAAUAGAUAAACAUAUAUUAUGUGAUUUUGUCAUUUGUUCACUAAUUCUGCCUACACUGUUAUGUGCAAAACCUGCAAUGAAAUUCACAUACACAGUAUGAUUUUUAUUUACAUUGUUAUAUUUUAAUGCAUCAAUGCAGAAUACUUAAUUAUAAAAAGGAUUUUACUAUACAGCUGUAAUAUGGUAAAUUGGGUAUAUACAAGUCUUAAAAACAGUAAUAUGUGCCCCGUCACGGAAACCAGUGACACAAGUCGGCAAAACAACUUUUGAGCUAAUGAUAGAAAAGCAUUUUUAUAUUUUUUGCAGAAUCUGUUGAGAUCACGAAGUAGCCUCUACAUGUUUGAGAUAGCAGUAUUUGUAUAUUUAAAAGGGUACAUUUUGAGGUUGAUAUCUGCUUUUUUUACGCAGUUUCUAGAAUGCAGUAGGUGGCGUCGUAGUCUGUGUGCAUUUACAUGCAGGAUAAGCCAGCUUUUGUUUCUUUUGUUAUUGCCCCGGCUCUCAGCGUGGCUACUUAACCUCUUGAAAAUGAGCCCCACUGUAGCCCAAACCAACCUACGUUCACUAAAAUGGUUGUUUUUACCAAAAAUACUCACAGUUAGGAGUCUUCUUCAUUUCAUAGCUAUUCGAGCUAUUCAAGAAAUCUUACGGAGUAGUCUAAUUUCGACUCGCUCUCGCAGUACUUUGACGUCAUCAGCCUGUCAGUUCUUGCAGCGCCACAUGAAGUCGAACACACAAAACGAAUUCAACGAUCUUUGUGUGACUUUUAUGUUAUUGGCUACGUAUUUUGUCUAUCAAUAUUUGCCAUGAAGUCAUUGGCUGAUGGAGGAACGAUCGAGCGAUACAGUGAUAUACAGUGUUACGACGUAAAUAGUCAUCAGAUUGUAUAUUUAUAAUCUAUUACCAGACUUUCAUUCGAAAUCUGAUGUAAACAAUAGACUAUAUAUUUCUAUAUUUCACGGCAUUUGUGGACAAAAAUGGUCAUUGGAUGAUUCACACGUCUGAAACAGACUGGAUUCGACUUGUGAUAAACACAAAAAAUCCUGUUUAUUUUUUGUCUGUUGUCAUCCAGACUUCUGUCACAAAAAACUACAUAUGAUGAUAGAGCAUCUGUAUCUCAAAACGGCUUUACAGGGUGUAUGGCUUAGCUUAAUGAGAUGUAAAUGAGCCCUAUUGUCACUCCCAGCAGAACAGAGGUGAAAAUGAUCCAAACUUUAAAAGGCUAUAUCUCUGCUUUGAGGUCUUUUGAGUUCCUACAUUCAAAUGGCCACAACUUCUCCAAAUAUUAUCUGAUUCCCAUGUGUUACACAUCGCUGGAAAGCUUAGAUACUACACAUUAAGAAUCUGCCCCAGACUUGUGUCCCUACUUUUCGUGUUCGGUCACAUAUCUAAAAAUUACAAUGUUGGUGUUUUGGUGUAAUAUCAAUUUCUUUUUAGUAGUGCUGCAGCGACGCGUCGACGUCAUCGAUUACGUCGACUACGAAAAUACGUCGACAUGCGUAAAAUGCAUCGACGCAUCACGCUGUUUACAUUCAUCUAUGGUAAAGGCUGCUUCUGCUCCUGGAAGUGUUUUCCAUACAUUUAUUUGUUUGUGUGCGCCACAAAAUCAACAAUGGUUGCAACAUUUACAUUUUUAUUUUCAUUUAAAACGGCUUAAUUUAUUGUUGUGAGCGCUCAGUGGUGCCUCUCUUGUGCACGUGCGCUCUCUCUCUUUCUCUGCGUGAAGCCCCUAGACAGCGCCUCUCAUACAUGACACUGAGUGAAAGAAUUAAAAGUUGGCUGUGUUUUCCGUGCGGAUUCUUCUGUGUACUUGCAUUUUCACGUAAACGUCAGAUGUUACUGACAGAGAAGACGACUGAUUCGAGUUUAUCAUGAAAGGUUAGCAGUGUUUUCCCACACACACUGGUUCUCUAUGUGCUUGUGCGCGAGCUCUCUCUCUCCUAUGCCUGCGCAUGUCUUCUGUAGUAACUCUGUGUAAUGGCAAUUUUUUUAAUUUGCGCCGAAUUGUCUGCGAUGUCGCGUUUAUAAAUCAAGAUUUUAGUAACUUAGUAGGAUUAAACACAAGGUUAUUGGGUCAUGUUUUGUCACUAUUUUAAUAGUCUUUGGGGUGGUUUCCUGGACAGAGAUUAGUUUAAGCCAGGACUAGACCUUCGUUUAAUUAGGAAAUAUAAUUAGUUUAAACAAACAUGCCUUACUAAAAACAUUACUUGUGUGCAUUUUGAGGCCAAACUAAGGGCACUGAUGUAUUUAAAGAUAUGUCAGUGGAAGAUGUUUUCAGUUUGGACAGCUCUUAUAUUUAUUUUAGUCUAGGACUAGUCUAAUCCCUGUCUGGGAAAACGCCUCUAUAUGUCUGACAACAGAACAGAUAAUAUGUGAAAAUAGCAUUCAGUUGUGAAAAUACAAUAAAACAAACAAUGACUGUCAGAUCAGACAGAGAGUAGAAAACAGAUUAUCCAACAGAUUAAAUAGCUAAUCAAAAAAAGAACACUGUAUUAAUAAAAAAAAUAAUCGUUAGAGUAGUCGACUAAUCGGAAAAAUAAUCGCUAGAUUAGUCGACAGAAGAAAUAGUAGUUAGUUGCAGCUCUACUUUUUAGUGAUCUGGCUCCCAACUGCAUGAAUAUUGCUUUUCAAGGUACUUUGUUUGAACUUGAAAUGUCAAAGUUCAAUAUCCUAUGUAGAUGUUCCUCUGUGUGGCCAGGUUAUGUUUCCUCAUGUCAUAUUCUCUAGGGGCUAGGCUUC